AUGAACCAGUGUUUCAACAUCUUUGAGGCUAAUGAAGGGAUGGAGGCAGGCAAUGCACCGAAGGUGAAAGAAACCAAGUUUAGAAAUGGAGUUUAUGUGAGCUUCAAAGCUAUGAGCCGGGCAAGGUUAGGAGCCAACCCACAACCUUGCUAUGAUAGGGCCCAUGGUAGGGACAGAUGCCAGCUAGUUCUGGAGGAGGUGCUGAAGAGGAAAGGACCUACUGGAUGGUGGUCAUGCAGCAGCAGGGAGCAUGGACGAGGGUCAAAUGUUAAUGCCAUUUGGGGGGCCUUGCCCUGGAAAAGUUUGGGAACCCCUGCCGUAGAGCACAUCUUAAGCAGCUUCCCGACAGCCUUGGGGGAGGGCCAUUAUCACUGCUGGCACGAUCAGGUGCCGAAGUCAAUUUCAGUGUCCGUCUCCAAAGCUAUGGCCAAAAACAAGCAUGGUUGUCACCGGAGGAACAUCAUCUUUGUCAGGGCCGGGAAGCAGCUACAUUCACAACCCAAGCCGGGAGCUGGGCUAUUUACCUGGGCUUCGGAUUUGGAACUACAAGUCAAUCUGGGGAAGCAGCUCAAGUUCCUGGUCUACAUCGUGACACCUGCAUUGAGGCCAGACAUGGUUCUAACAUCAGCCACUUAUAAGCAGUUGCUCUUGUUAGAGCUCACGGUUCCCUGGGAGGACUGCAUUGAUGAGGCAAAUAAACGGAAGCAGUCCAAGUAUCAGGAGCUGGUGGAUGAAUGCAGAAGGGCGGGCUGGAAGGCACACUGCAAGCCCAUUGAAGCUGAAUGUAGAGGCUUUGUUGGUCGGUCUCUGUGUAAGGUCUACACGUUGCUCGGCAUUACUGGGGCUGUGACGAGACCUCAAGAAAAUCACUGAACAUGUGUCUUUGAUGACUCACUAUUUGGCAUCUAAUUAUCCACCAUUGCUACAAGAAGUAACAUUCUUACUUUACU